UUGUUCUUGCAGUAGCGGUAGCAACGGGCGGGACGGCGGGCCAUUGUGACGGUUAUAACCUGAUUUCAAAUCAGUGAGCGGGAGUCCGAAGGUCGUGGGGAGCGAGGGCGAGGGCGCAAACUUACCCUGUAUUUAAGUGUUAGUGGUGUGGGAGGUCAAGUCAGAGAUCGAAGCCGAGAAAGACGUCGUCGUCGGUUUGUAAUCUGGGAAGUGGGCAGCCCACACGCUAACGCCUCGCUAAGCGAGUGCAACUUGGAUUUCAAAGCGGGAAGGCGCCACCGAGGCAGUGCUGCUGAGCCUCAUGUAGGAAAGCUCUGAGCAUGCUUUGCGCGAAUUCUGGUCAGAUGGGCUUGAGCUAUUCAGGUGAUGAAUAAUGAACAUUUACUUCACAGUGCAUCUGAAAACAAAAUGUGUAGUACUGCGCAAACUGUUCACGCUCAUCGUCGAAGCAGAACCCAAGCCCUCGCAAUUUCAGGGGCGUUUCACGUCACUUGCUGUCGCGCGCAUAGUGCAGUACGAGUCACACAUGGCACAGUGCAAAAAUACGAGCAUUGGCAGGCCUGAUGGCUCAUGAGUCUUGUCAUUCAUUGGUUGUCAUCAGACGGCCGUGUACGCCAUGCCUGGGUAUCAUGUCUAUCUG